AUGGUCCCCCGUGUCGCGACGGAUGCCACCGCCGCUGUCGCCCAGCCGAAGCAGAGGAAGCAGAGGGCGCCGCCGUCCAAGCCCCCGGGCAUGUCUAACGCCGACUGGAGGGUGGAAGUUCAGCGCCGGGAGGCUGUCACCACCGACCAGCGGAACAGGGCCAACGCCAAGAAGGCCCGGGACAGUGCGGCGCUCACGGCUGCGGCGGUGGCGGAGCAGGCGGAGCGCUCGGCCGAACAAGCCGAGGCGGCUUGCGCGGGGAUGAUGAAUCCACCCAGCGGCCACGGCCCGUACGCGCCCUGGAGCAAGCAAAGCGUCGGGUCACCGGACGGCUUCUCGUCGUCGCCACAACCCUGGGCCUGCACGCCGUCGCCGGGCUACGCCGACGGUGACACGCACGGUGGGUUCAACCCCAACAUCACCUUCCCCCAUGGUCACCUGGCCCAGCGCACGCCCUCGCCUGCCUUCGCUGGCGUGCAGUACCCUCCGUACGCCUACUCACCACCGACCUACGCAUCCUCCCCGACGCCACCUCUCCGCCGUGGCGCGCUGCCCUUCUCACAAGCCUCCUCGUUGCAUCUUGGCGACACCGACGCGACGAAGGCCGACAUGGACGACAUCAUCACGACCGGCUCGGCCGUCGUCGCCGCCUCCCGCGGGUUCACUGCCCAAGACGACACAAUGGACCUCAACGGCGAGGAGGAGCCAGAGGAGGAGGAGGAGGAGGAGUCGGUGCCUGCUCCGGCGAGGAAAGGGAAGAAGAAGAAAAAGGGGGCGGCCAGGACCGGCGAGCCGCGCAUCAAGUGGGCGUCCAAGGAGGACGAGUGCCUCGCCGAAGCAUGGAAAGUCGUCUGCCUCGACCCGAUCAUCGGCACGAACCAGAGCAUCGACACGUAUUGGGACCGCAUCAAGGCCGAGUUCGACGAGCGCAAGCUCAUCGACCCCUACUUCAAAGGCGUGCACAUGCAGCGCGGGUCGAAGGCAAUGCCGAACCAUUGGGGGCUCAUCCAAAAAGUGUGCAACAAAUGGCAUGAGAUCGUCGAGGAGAUCGCGGCUCGGCCGGAGAGCGGCGCCAGCGUCGAGGAUCACGUAUGCCACGCCGGGCUCCCCCUUCUCGUUUCGGCUUGUGCGCGCCCGCCGACUGUUGUUUCUCGGCGCAGCAGCUGCGGAUGUUCGCCAUGUUUUGCCAAGACAGUAGCGACCAAGACUUCAAGUACCUCCACGUCUUCAAGCGGAUCGAGAAGUGCGAGAAGUGGGCGGAUAUCCAGCGCACCCUUGCCAAGGCCAAGGAGACAUACAAGCCGGAGCGCCGACGGGCGCCCGGACGGCAACAAAGGGGCCAAGAAGGGGAAACACGCCGAGUCGGCUACCGCACGUGUGCACGAGUCCAUCGAGCAUUGCCUCACCGGCGCCAAGACCCGGGCCGCCCAACGGGAAGAGAAGACCGAGGCGCGGUGGUCGGCGUUGAUGACGAACAGCGCCGUCAAGCACGACCUGCUCCGGACCAACGUCGCCGCGAAGAAGAGGAACACCGACCUGGCUUUCCUGAUGGGCGGGGCGGACAUGUCGGCGAUGGACGAGCAGGUCAAGGCGUGGUACAUGGCGGAGCGCGGCCUCAUCCUGAACCAGAUGUCGUCGACGGUGCCGCCAUCUCCAACGCCGCCGCCAAGCCCGAGCGAUGAUGCCUCCACGGCACCUAGCAGCACAGAAGAAGCCGCGCCGACGGCGCCCAGCCCGCGCACGCCGACUCCUCCGACACAGGAGGCUGACACAGCAGUUUGA